AGGAUGAGUGUGCCUGCUUCAACAUGGAGAGCCUCAUAUUACGUAUUGGAUAUAAAGAGGAGGGGAAAAACCACCCUCAAUACGAUGCUCCCAUUGGAGAUUUAUGUGAAAGUAGCACUUGUAUUACAGCGGCACCACCACGACCAACAAAAACAGCAACAACAACAACAACAACAACAACAACAACAUUACCACCAACCACAAGUGUCACCGGGCCAAUGUCUACAGCAGCACGAGAACCGACCGAGGUUUCUACUGGCUUACUAACAACGAGUACAUUAACACCACCUGCGACCGCCAUGACAGUACCUACAGCAAUGACAACUACAAACCAUUCAGCAACUCGUGUUGUUCCAACAGGUUCGGACAACGUGUCCAUAACGGGUGCACCAUCAGGAGAUACCAUGACGAGUACACCGCGAAGUGAGGAAGGAUCAAUUGGGAUAGAUCACUUCAUUAUUUGGCCACCCGUGCUUGUUGCGUUGGUGUUAAUAUGCCUCUUGGUGGCGCUACUUCGUCGAAGACGUAGGCCAAGGAAAAUUUCCACUCGAGUCAGUGUUGGAUUCUCUGUUGUGAAUACUUCUGAAUCUCCCACAACACCUCCACCAAUCUCAAACCCAUCCUACGAGAAACAAGUUUCUGGAAACGAGCUGGAGAGAAGUGGCAAUUUCUACUGUCCGCCGCUCGAGACCAUCCCGAGAACGCCCAAUAGCUGCGGGCGUAGCAGGCCCACCUCCCCCGCACAGGAAGGCGAGAAUGCAGCUGCGGUCCUCGGUCAUUUCAAUGUUGCUUUCACGGAGGGGAACUACGGCAUUGUCAACCCAGACCCCGACGACGUCUCGGACGGGAAACUCGCAUCGCUGCACCGGUCGAUAUCACCGAGAGAGGCCCGGUACUCAAGCUGUCCCGAAGACGGUGAGUACACCACUCCGGUGGUUUCGUCGACAGCAAGUAGGGGGUCGUCAAACCAGUCGGCGAGCAGGCCGGUCCAAAGGGUCUCUGCUGACGGCUACGAGGACGCACCCGUCUUCAGCUAUGCAACAUCGGCUUACGAAACAUCCCAGCAGAACUCAAACCACCUGCAGAACUACGCGACAACGGAUAACCCACGAGAGCGAAACGCUCGACCGGGAGCUGACCUGCACUACGAGGCCGUCUCCCCGGCCAGUCACUCGCCCAAACCAACCGGUGACAAUGUCUACGCGUACGCCACGGCUGUUGUGUACCCGCCCGGUCUGAACACACCGGGCGGGCCUCAGAUAGUUAACGGUAAUGUAUACAACGUACUUCAGACUCCCGUGAAUCUGAAAGAAAACGACGGGGAAUAUUCAAUGCUAAAGAGGAGCGUGGGAGGCAGUGACCCAACGAGUCCACAUGUACCGAUUGUUUCAUCAAAUGAGUAUAAUAAAAUUGCUAUUCCGUUUCAACACUAAGUUAUAGGUCAAACUGAGUGUAGCCCGUCGGACGCUCCUCGAAAAACAUUGUAUCCUAGCUGUAGUCUUAGUUCCGUCCGAUUGGACGUAAAACCGUUGUUCCCGUGUGUUGUGUAAUGCACGUAAAAUAACCCAGUGCACUUGUCGAUAAAAGAAGUGGUUCGCCCCGGUGUUCCUAGUUUGAUUGGCAGCAUAUCGCGCCACAUCACUUUUGUGAAUCAUGUUUAAUUAAAAAACUAUGUUAAAUAAGUACGUCUCAUAAUCCAAAAGUAGUCCCACAUACCUUGCAGGAACGUACUGAAUAAUGACGCGUCUUGAGAGCGUUACUGAGCGACGGAUAUGCGCGCUGUUAAAGAAGCUGCUAAUAAUUAUUAGCAUCAUUAUUAACCCUACACUCCUUGAUGACAACAUGACGGCAGUUUUGCACAUUUUGACUGUGUAAAGAAGCUCGCCAAAGUGGCUAAGCCCAUUGUGAACACACGCUAUAGAAGCCUAGUGGUCACGUGACCUUUUCCCUUCUGCCAUCAUCUUGUUCGUGUUCUUAUACUGCAAUAGCGAUGAUUGAUGCCGAUUAUCACCAUGCCCAAAUAGAUACCAGACUAUUUCCCUCCAUUUGGGGAAUAUUGAUAAAAACUAAUCAGAGUUUGAAAUGCGUUUACUGCGUAGCGGCAGAUUAACUGCAAAAACUAGACUUUAUAAGCUUUUAAUUUGCCGAAUAGGUAAUAGAAUAAUAGAGUUAUUAGAUCUUAAAAUGAGAACCAAAGUUCGCUUAAAUUAAAAACAUAAACCAUCCGCAGAGCCGACAAUGAUAAAGUUAAUAGCGUUAAACCGUCACACAGUAAUCACAAGAUGAUGGAUUGUGUCUCGGCAGUUGUUGACAUUUUAAUUUAAUUAUAAUAAUUGUACAUCCGAAGUCCUGGGUUAAAGCCAUUGGACCCUUUCGGUAUAGA